AUUUUAAAUCGCGCGUUACUUUCGACGUAAUGGUGUUUAGCUAUAUAAGUGUGAUCCAUAAAAGUCAUUCUCAACCAUACUUCACACUCCUCAAAAUCAUUGAAUAAGGUGCCAUUUAUAUUGUAGUAUUUCGACAAAGCUAGAAGGAUGAAGUACUUUAAGUAAAUAAGCAAAUUUAUGGGACAACUAGCUGGGUGAUAUUCCUAACUAUAAGAUAGGAUUUGGUUGUAAUCUAAAAAUUUUCCUAUUGGAUUUGCCUGUAUGAACGGCUACAGGGGUGUUAUUUACGGCAUCGAGGGUUUGAAUACAAUGACUCCAUAGUAUUAUGUGUUGUAGCUUAGCCCCAGUCCCCCUAUUUUGGGGGUUUUCCUCAAAGUCGUAUAAAUAUUCGUAGUUUUCUUCGAAUUUCAGGAUUUUUUACUAUUUAUUCGGUCUUUUUUCUACUAUGGCUUCCCUAAAGCUGAUGAGACUUCCCCCGAAAUCAGGCGAUCGGUGUAGGCUAUAAUCCGAAUGUUAUACAUAGUAAAUUUGUUAGCGCUCUUUUCUUCCCAAUUACGCCGCUGACUUUUUUGUGCAGGUAGAGUUCAAUCUGAAGGCUUUUCACUUCAUGAUCCAGAAUUGUAAUUGCUGUUUUUUUCAUUUUAGUUUAUUGUUAAUUAUCCCAAAAGUGAUUGAUAUUUUUUCAUCCGAUUCUAUGUUUAUCAUACUUGUCAGGUAUGGAAAAAAAGCAUACUCAGACACUUCAAGGUGAUGAGUUUUGUCAGGGUGUCUAAGGAUUUUUCGAUGUGACCAUAAUUUAUAGACAAACCGAUUGGAUUUAGGAUAAUAGGUUUUGGGUUCGGUGUGGAAUUCGUUCAUCCAUUCGUCUAAGUGGAGCUUCAACAUUUUAGAUGACGAAAGUUGGUGAUGAAAAACCCAGUCUAACUCCUAACUCUAACCAUCAACUGCAAAUCAUAACCCUAAUUUCUCGCAUUAGUUUACAACCCUCACCUAGCUCUAGUAAAUAGAUGGACACUUCCAAGGUCACUUUAUCGCCGCUCGAAAGCCUGUUUUUUUUUGGUUAUAGAUCUCAAAUAAUUGAGAACCAUGUUUUUGUUUUUUUAAUGUAGGUUUUUUAAUAGCAUUAACUUGAUUAUAUCUGUGCGUUCCAAUUUCCCAAUAAACAGAAAUGUCUGGAGCUUUUGCGCAAAAUAGCUCUAGAUACGUAAUCGCUCAUGAAGCAACAAGUGCCAAGCGCCUUUUAGAUGAGAAUGAACAUAUCAUCGAAUUAGUUGCUGACCUUGCUAGAAAAGGUCGAUUCCGUGAAUCGGUCCAACUCCAGGCCGUUCUUCAACGUAAUUUAGUUUAUCUUGUGUCGUUAGUUGAUCAGAAUAACUUGGAUUCAAAGCAGACAGUCGACACUGACACUUGCUAAAUAAGUGUCCUUUUAUUCAGUGUAAUUUACUUCAAGCUCAACUUAUUCGGUUUCUUUUACUUUUGCCACAUGAUCUUUCAUUUUGAUAAAUUUAUGUACACACUCUGUCGUCCUACUGAUCUUGCUGUUCAUCAUUUCUUUUGUUUCUUCUUUAAAGACAACCUUUGUUUUUGAAUUCAUCCUUUUGACAUAAUCAGAACUCUUCAUUAUCUUACAGUUAAACAUUGCUCUUAAAAAUGGCCUAUAUAUCAAGUUGGUCCAGACAUCGCAAUCAUUAUCUUGUUAUUUCAAUUCAUUGGGUGAAAAGUAUUGUACUUGUUUUUUAUUGAUUCCACCGGCUUAAGAUCAGUCUGUAUAUAGUUAUGUGCAUAUGUGUAUAUUUGUGUAUUAGCUUUAGCUGUCACUUUCACUAAUAUCGUUAGCAGAUUGGCCUAAUAAAUAAAUUAUUUUUG